AUGGGAUCCCGUAACGCUGCGCCCGCCAACGCCAACCCACUCCCGGAGCGCCACAUAGCCACGUGGCCUCCCACGAAGCCGUCAAGCGCAUACCGCGCCCCGAGCAGCGCCCACAGCAGCGCCCAUAGCAGCGCCCAUCAGCAGCGCCCAACCGCGCCCUCAGCAGCGCCAAACGCGCCGGAUACGUGGUCACCCGCCAUGCUACGAGCGCCACCAGGAGCGCCCAACGAUCAGCACCGCCGCUCACCAGCCGCACUCACCGAGCGCCAUCAGGAGCGCCAAUCAGCCGCGCCCUCAGCAGCGCCAACCGCGCCGGAUACGUGGUCACUAGCCACGCUACGAGCGCCACCAGGAGCGCACAACGAGCGGCCACCGCGCCCUCAGCAGCGUCACCCGCGCCGCCAGCCGCGUUAUCAGCAGCGCAGACCCAGCAGCGUCCCGCGCCGUGCAGUGCCACCCACGUGGCCAUCAGGUGCCCACAGAGCACCACCAGCAGCGCCAACAACAGCGCCGGACACGUGGUCACCAGCCACACAACGAGCGUCACCAGGAGCACGCAACGAGCGGCCCCGCGCCCUCAGCAGCGUUCAGCGCCCAUCGGGCAUCGUCUUUUGCACCAUCAGCAGCGCCCACAGAGCGCCACCAGCAGCGCCAACAACAGCGCCGGACACGUGGUCACCAGCCACACAACGAGCGUCACCAGGAGCACGCAACGAGCGGCCCCGCGCCCUCAGCAGCGUUCAGCGCCCAUCGGGCGGCGUCUUUUGCACCAUCAGCAGCACCCACCGAGCGCCACCAGCAGCGCCCACAGCAGCGCCCAUAGCAGCGCCCAUCAGCAGCGCCCAACCGCGCCCUCAGCAGCGCCAAACGCGCCGGAUACGUGGUCACCCGCCAUGCUACGAGCGCCACCAGGAGCGCCCAACGAUCAGCACCGCCGCUCACCAGCCGCACUCACCGAGCGCCAACGGGAGCGCCAGCCGCAACCACAUCGGUCAGCCAGUGCCGCACGUCAGCAGCAUCUGCCGUGCGCCCAGCGCCCAGUCACGCCACUAG